CAGAGGUUACCCACGUGACCCUAUGUUUGGCUGAAAACGUGGUUGAUAACUAUGAUCACAAAACUUUAAUGCAUACAUUCCCUCCGGUAUUUUACGUUGCUUAAUACACAGCAGGUGUUUCAGAGAAUUACAAACACGUUCAGUUUACUGUUGUCAGUGGUUUGCGUGCUUGUGCAGAAACGAGUCAAGUUGGCAGAACUGGAAGUUGAGCCGUGAGAAAGUUAAAGUCCACAUGAUGGAUCAGAACGGCAGCACCGGGGCCGCCUCGAAACCACAGAAUCAGAGCGAGUUUAUUAACCAGGAGGAAGUUGCCCGGGGAAAAUGGUUGUCACUGAACAAGAUCACCUAUAAAGAUCCCCAUGGUCAGCAAAGAAUAUGGGAGGCAGUGUCCAGAACAACGGGCUCCGCAGAUGAAGCAGAUGCUGUUUAUGUCAUCCCAAUCUUGAAGAGAACCCUGAAGUAUGACUGUGUUAUCAUGGUGAAGCAAUACCGACCGCCGAUGAAGGCUUAUACACUAGAGUUCCCAGCAGGGUUGGUGGACAAAGGGGAGACGCCUGAGGAGACUGCGGUGAGGGAACUCCGAGAGGAGACAGGGUAUGCAGGGAAGGUGAAGCACAUCUCUCCAGUGACCUGCCUGGACCCGGGCAUCGGCAACACAUCAGUCAGAGUGGUCACAGUAGAGAUCGAUGGUGACGAGGAUAUCAAUACAUCUCCAAAACCACAUCCAGAGGAGUCAGAAUUCAUAGAUGUCCUUGUUGUCCCAAUGGAGGAUCUGCUUACUAAGUUAAAUGAGUUGGCCAGUGAUGGUGUGGUGAUCGACUCUCGAGUGUAUACCUAUGCUGUUGCCAUGGAACAAACGCGGAAAGUAAAGAAAGUAGUGCCCUAAAUGUGGCAAAAUCUCGUCUGUUCAACUGCUGCCUUUGUCUCUGACUUUGACUGGACCCACUGCAAUAUCCAUGUUGCACCACAGACAAUGUAUGUUGACUGGUACUAAGGUCCUGAUUCCGGUUGAGAUCUGAAUCAUCACAGCUUUAGGCGGUUUAGUGGAAAUAUUCUGUGGCUAUGUACAAGAUGCCCUGUACCUCCAAACAUGUUCUCCCCAAACACUAUGGAUAUAAGAUACAAUUUGCACAUUUUGUUCAGGGAUAAAUAUGGAGAACGGGUUUGAAAACUGUCCUCUAAACAGUACUGUUUACAGACUUAUGGCCUUUGUCUUAUGUUUUGGAACAUAAUGAGACAUGUUUUCUUGGUCUGCUGUGGAUACAGUGAUGACAUCUUGCAAACAUCAUCAAGGGAUAAAUAUGUGGAUCAUGUUUGAAAACCAUCAUCAAAUAAUAAUAUUUCCCUGGCCAUAAUAUUUAUGGCCCCUGUUUGAUAUGUUAUCCUUUUCAGAAAGUACAACAGAUGACACACAUCAGUACAUGAUCAAUGUUAUCACAUUUGGAAACCUAUAUUGAGAAUGAAUACUUUACAGAGUUAUGACCCUUGUUACAUAUGAUCCCAAACUCCUCACAGCGAGAGCCUGUUCGUGGAACUCUCUAUACUAUAGCUGCCACCAGUGAAAGUCAUAAACCUCAAAAUUCACUUUAAUUGCAUUCCCACAGGCAUAAACAAAAGUAUAAACAUUUCCACAUUUGGGGUUAGAGGGCAAACUUCAAGAUUCUUGUAAUGGUGGCUGCGAUGUUACCAAGAGUGUAGCGAAGGUGUCACGUGCUGGAAAAGAGCUUGAUAUGAUCCCGCACAAUGAUAGUGUGUUUCCAGAUGGUGGGGAUAUGGAUGGCUUCUGGUUUUAUCUUUAAUGUAAUUAUUUCAUUCCAAAUUGUUUUGUUUGUCUAAGCUUGUUCGUAGUUUGUGAUGUUUCAUUGUUAUUUUACCUGUGGAAGCUUGCAGAGUCAGUUGAGCAAUAGUGCAAGGAACACAAUAUUACCAGUUUGCUGUCCUGUUGAACAAUACACAGAAAACCACUUGACUCUUAUACUGACCUGUAGAUGACUGUCAAGGCAAGGCAUGUGGUGCCUUGUUCAUACUUGAAGGAAACACCUGUUUGUGAUAUAUAUUAUUCCGGUGUAUUAUGAAUUUGAUUUAGAUAAAUGUUUCAAUAUUGUUAGGAUAUAAGCCCAUGUCAAGGAGAGUCAACAUUUGAUUCAUACAGUCGGUCAAUAAACUCAUUUCACAAUGAAA